AUGCUGGCUGCGGCGCCGCGGCUCAUCCGGCGGCUGGCGGGGCGCGCCGAUGGACGGUCCGUGGCGUGCAAAGGGGGCAAGGCGGAGGUGCACAUAUACCCUGCAGACCAGUACAAGCCCAGCAAUCCAUGGUGGGCCAAGCGCAUCGCCGAGACAGAACCGUCGGAGUUGACAGAGGCGCCUGAGCCGCCCCAGCUGGCCGCCUUCAGGGCCGCCACCGCCGGCGGCGCCGCGUGCGCCCCCGGCAGCGCGGGGGCCGCCGAGCUCUUCACCCUGGACCCCGGAUGGGCCUACCUGAACCACGGCUCCUAUGGGGCCACCUUCAAGCUUGCCAUGGAGGCCCAGGGCUGGUACCGCGACAGGAUGGAGGAGCAGCCCGUUAUGUUUAUGGAGGGCACAGCCCUGGAUGGCGUGGCGCGCGCGGCGGCCCUCCUGGCCCCUUUUGUGGGCGCCGACUGGCGCGACGUGGUGCCCAUUGUCAACGCCACGAGCGGGGUCAACGCAGUGGUAAACUCGCUGCAGCUGCAGCGGGGCGACCUGCUGCUGAUGGCCAACACGACGUACCCCGCUGUCCGCAGCACUCUCGCGCGCGCAGCCGGCCGCGCGGGGGCGUCCCUGGUUGAUAUCUCAUUCACAAUGGACGCCCUAUUGGAUGAGGACGCGAUCGUGGCCGCCUACGCAGCCGCAGCCGCAGCCGCCAGGAAAGCUGGCGGGAAGGUGCGGCUGGCGAUGAUCGACCACUGCGUCAGCUUCCCGCCGGUGGUCAUGCCGGUCGCGCGCAUCUGCGACGCGCUGAGGGCGGAGGGCGUCCCCGUAAUGGUGGACGGCGCGCACGCCCUGGGGGCCUUUGCCAGGCUGGACGUGCCGUCGCUGGGCUGCGAUUACUACGUCAGCAAUGCACACAAGUGGCUCUGCAGCCCCAAGGGCUGCGCGUUCCUGUGGGCUGCUCGCGCCCGCCAGCCGUCCCUCGCGCCCCUGGCCACGUCUCAUGGCUACGGCCUCGGCUUCAGGGCCGAAUUUCUGUGGGCGGGCACCGCCGACCCGACGGCGUGGCUGUGCGUGCCGGCGUGCCUGGCUGCGCUGGAGCGGCUCGGAGGCCUGGAGGCGGUUGCAGCGCACAACCAUGACCUGGACGGUGUCGGCGGGACGGGGGCCGCCAGCGGCGCCGCCGGCGAGGCGGCGGCGGCGGCGGCGCGCGGCGAGCUGCCGCGGACGCCGGAGGGCGCGCUGCUGCUUCAGCGGCACUUGCGGGCGCGGUGGCGGAUCGAGGUGCCGGUCGCCUGCGUGGGCGGCCGCUUGUACUGCCGCAUAUCAGCUCAGGUGUACAACCGCAUCGAUCAGUACGAGCACCUGGCGGAAGCCGUCCAGCAGCUGCGCGGGGACGUCCGCGGGGCGGCCUGGAGCGGCCGCGGCGGCGGCGCGUGA